CUUUUGUUCUGUAGCGUUCGUUGCUUUCCUGAUUCACCACAAAGCCCCUCUUUCCUUUCUCUCCAUGUUCAAAACAUCCCACUUCCAGCAACAACAGUCUUUGAUACCUAUUGCUCUCAGCGAGUUUAAAGUCAAUUCUUAUUUAUGGAACAAGUGCUCCGUAUCGGAGUCUUCUCUGCUCAACGAAUCCACCCAGUGAUCAUUUCCUCCAAACUGUGAGACUAGAAUUAGGGUUUCCUUGGAGGCAAGUUGUUCAAGAAUUUCAGAGUAAAGGGGAUAAUUUAGAUCAGAUGGCUAAUAGCUGGGAUGGGAGUUUUGACCUUGGCAGCCAAUCAGAUGAGAGCAGUCAUUUUGAAAGACUAUACCUUGAGCCUAUUUAUGAUGCAUUUGUCUGCCCGUUGACAAAGCAAGUUAUGCGUGAUCCUGUUACCUUAGAGAAUGGGCAAACUUUUGAACGAGAAGCAAUUGAAAAGUGGUUCAAGGAAUGCAGGGAGAGUGCAAGAAAGCUGGUGUGUCCGUUAACGCUGAAGGAAUUAAAAAGCACAGAUCUGAAACCUAGUAUAGCUUUGAGGAACACUAUUGAAGAGUGGACUGCUAGGAAUGAAGCUGUUCAGAUUGAUAUGGCUCGUAAGUCAUUGAAUCUGGGGAGUUCAGAUAGUGAUAUUCUGCAGGCUUUGAAGUGUGUCCAGUACGUCUGCCAAAAGAGCAGAUCCAAUAAGCAUAUCCCACGUAAUGCAGGGUUGAUACCCUUGGUUGUUGACAUGUUAAAGAGCAGCAGCCGUAAAGUUCGGUGUAAAACUCUGGAAACUCUUCGAAUUGUGGUGGAGGAUGAUGAUGAGAAUAAGAAAAUGUUGGCUGAGGGAGACACUGUGCGCACUAUAGUAAAGUUCUUGUCCCAUGAACUCUCCAAAGAGAGGGAGGAAGCUGUAUCUUUGCUGUAUGAGCUCUCCAAAUCCGAAACAUUGUGUGAGAAGAUUGGCUCAGUUAAUGGAGCAAUUCUUAUCUUGGUUGGAAUGACAAGCAGUAAUUCAGAGGAUCUUUUAACUGUUGAAAAGGCUGAUAAAACGCUAGAAAAUUUGGAGAAGUGUGAGAACAAUGUGCGGCAGAUGGCUGAAAAUGGCAGACUGCAGCCUCUUCUGAUGCAACUCCUUGAAGGGCCACCAGAAACCAAACUGUCCAUGGCUGCAUUUCUUGGUGAGCUGGUCUUGAACAAUGAUGUAAAAGUCAUUGUGGCCAACACCGUCGGUCCAUCUUUGAUUAGUAUAAUGAGAAAUGGUAAUAUUCAAUCAAGAGAAGCUGCUUUAAAAGCUCUAAACCAGAUCUCAUCUUAUGAGGCAAGUGCCAAGGUGUUGAUAGAGGCUGGGAUACUUCCCCCUCUUGUGAAGGAUCUCUUUGCUGUUGGUUCCAAUCAGCUUCCCAUGAGACUAAAAGAGGUUUCUGCAACAAUUCUCGCUAAUGUUGUGAGCUCGGGUUAUGACUGUGAUUCUAUCCCAGUUGGAUCCGACCACCAGACUCUGGUCUCAGAAGACAUAGUCCAUAACCUACUACAUCUCAUUAGCAACACAGGUCCAGCAAUCGAGUGCAAGCUUCUCCAGGUUCUUGUUGGGCUCACUAACUCUCCAACUACCGUUGUUAAUGUUGUUUCUGCCAUCAAAAGCUCUGGUGCUGCUAUCAGUUUGGUUCAGUUUAUUGAGGCUCCACAGAGAGAUUUGCGUUUAGCCUCCAUUAAACUUCUGAAGAACCUCUCCUCACUCAUGGGUCAGGAAUUGGCUGAUGCCCUGCGCGGCUCAGUCGGCCAGCUCAGCAGCCUAAUUAAAGUCAUAUCAGAAAAUAUAGGAAUCAGUGAAGAGCAGGCUGCAGCUGUUGGCCUUUUAGCUGAACUUCCGGAGAGGGACUUGGGCCUUACCAGGCAGAUGCUGGAUGAGGGUGCCUUUCGGAUGAUCUUCUCUAGAGUUGUUAGGAUCCGUCAAGGAGAGACUAGGGGCAGUCGAUUUGUCACUCCAUUCCUAGAAGGGCUUGUACAGGUUCUUGCGAGGGUUACAUUUGUCUUGGCUGAUGAACCUGACUGCAUUGCUUUCUGCCGUGAGGAGAAUGUCGCUGCAUUGUUUAUUGAACUGCUUCAGGCCAAUGGACUAGACAAUGUACAGAUGAUCUCUGCCACAGCGCUGGAGAACUUAUCACUAGAAUCCAAGAAUUUGACAACAUUGCCCGAGUUGCCAGCACCUGGCUUUUGUGCCUCAAUCUUCACAUGUUUUAGCAAACAGCAGGUCAUAACUGGAUUGUGUAGGCUUCAUCGAGGAACAUGUUCACUAAAAGAAUCCUUUUGCCUUCUGGAAGGACAGGCCGUGGCAAAGUUAGUCGCUCUUUUAGACCAUACAAAUGAGAAGGUGGUUGAGGCAGCACUGGCGGCAUUAUCUACUUUACUGGAUGAUGGUGUUGACAUUGAACAAGGCGUAACAGUGCUGAAUGAGGUAGAGGGAAUCAAACCUAUACUCGAUGUUUUACUCGAGAAACGAACAGAUAAUCUGAGGAGGAGGGCAGUUUGGGCUGUUGAAAGACUUUUGCGAACUGAAGAUAUAGCCUAUGAAGUUUCUGGAGAUCCAAAUGUGACUACAGCACUUGUUGAUGCAUUUCAGCAUGCUGAUUACCGAACCCGGCAGAUUGCCGAGCGUGCCUUGAAGCAUGUUGAUAAGAUACCAAACUUCUCUGGAAUCUUUCCAAAUAUGGGAUAGGCCAUUUCUUUAAGUUGAUGAGUACAAGUACCCGUAUGUAACUCUCCUUUUGUCUGGAGCGUUCUGUUUCAAUGGUGGCUUGGAAAGCAUAAAGUUGAAGGUAGAUAUUGUUGUAUACAGAUUUUCUCAUUUUCCCUUUGUUGAGGUUUUUGAAAGCUGUUUAUUUUUUCUGAA